AUGGCUGCUACCACCACCACUACUCCUCCAUCCAUGUCUUGGGACUACCAAGUCAACGAUCGUGUCAACCAUAUCGUUGAGAAACUUGAAGAGAACCCAAAGUUUGCCCAGAAAGAGGUGCCCGGCCUCAAAGACCUUCUUUCAGAUUAUGCUUCAGAAGAUGUGACAGUGUCGGGAGUAGACUUCCAUCGCCGUCUUCUUCAAGUCUUCAAAGACUCGGAAACUGAUGGCACUUACUCAUGGAUGCUGAAGCAGUAUACACCAGAAGAGCAGAAGCAGAUUGAGGACUUUGUUGCUGGGGGUAAACCUGAGGAUAUUGGGCAAGAUUACACCCUCGGUCCCAGUCUUGGAUGUCGAGAGGAGCUUGCAAAGCUGGAGCAAGCUGACUCUGUUGUCCAAUUGACCGCCGACGGUAUCAAGGACGUCACCCCCACAGAGCUUAAGACAUCAUCCUUAGCAAGCUUUGGUGUUCAGAGCACUAUCAGUGUUGUUGAUGACUGGUUCGAAAAGGCUGUUAACAAGAUGGCCGACUUUAUCGACAACAAGAAGGACGACCAGCAGAUCAAGGUCUACAAGAACGCCAAGUUUCAAAACUGGGGACUCAACAUAACCAACAAGCCCACCUUCACCUGUGUUCCUGACUCAACCCCGGCAAUCCAGACUAUUGUCAAGUUUGCCAAAGCCCAUGAUAUGAGUGUGCGAUGCGCAGGAUACCGUCACUCGUGGUCCCCAAUCUUCGGCAGGGAUGGCCAGAUUCUCAUCUCGAUGCUGGACAUCAAGACAGCCACCAACCUACCCAACACUGAGGCUCUGCCACUUCCAGAGUCAUCCCCAACUGAGCUUCAAGAGAUUGGCUUUGCGCCCGGACAACCUCGCACGCCUGGCAACAAACUUGUGCGAGUAGGCUGCGCAACUACAAACGAGAGACUUCGUCGAUGGUGCAUUAAGGAAGGCACCGUCACCAUCCCCCUGAAUGUGAUUAUGGUUGAAAUUACCAUGGGCGGUAGCAAUGCACCAAUCUGCCACGGAGCAGGUCGUCAGAACCAGACCCUCAGCGAUCUCGUUCGCAAGAUUGAAUACGUCGACGCGAAUGGCGAGGUUCGAAGUGUCGAGAAGCCUGAGCAUCUCCGUGCAGCGAGUGGCUGCUUCGGCCUCAUGGGUGUUGUGACACACAUCACCAUGGAGUUCCCACCCAUGAGCUACGCCCUGCUUGCUCCGGAGAAGAUGCCCGUUAUCCAGGCCGUGCCUCCACCACCUGGCAUGUCUGAGGCCAACAUUCCUCCUGCGCUUCUGAAGUACUGGAAGCCCUUGACGGCUGCCCAGAAGCAAAGAUGUCAGAGUGACUUCGAGAACCGGGCGACUAACGACUACUAUGCUGAGUGGUUUUGGUUCCCAUACUCUGACUACUCAUGGGUCAACACAUGGAAUAACACCAACGACCCCAAGGGUGUACAGUCUUUCCCCGACAAGACUCAGAUCUUCAUUUCCUUCCUUCAAACAGUUGCGAUGAAUAUUCUGCAAAAUGCGAAAGUCAUCAAUAAGCUGAUUGAGGUGACGGACCUAUCUGAAGCUGCCGUCACCCUCAUCUCAGGCGCAGCAAUGAAGGCCCUGCCCGAGAAGCAUGUCAAGACAUUCUUACCCGACGCCCUGCACUUCCAACGAGCCAUCCAAAAUGUCCGCGUCAGGGACAUUGAGGUGGAAAUGCCCCUUGUUGCCAAGAAAGGCAGCCCUACCGGCACCAUUGACUUUACGCCUGUCCAGCAAGCCUGGUGGGAUGCCAUUCUUCUCACAUACAAGAACAGCGACAAGUGCCCCAUGCGUAUGCCGCUUGAGAUGCGCAUCAUGGGCGGAAGUAACGUGAUCAUGGCACCGCAGCGUAGAAACGCCUUGGGUACCUGCAGUAUUGAGGUACUGACCCUGCACAGCGCCUCAAGCAUCUGGAAGCCGUUUGCGCAGUCGGUCUUGGAUAAGUGGAUGUCAUUGAAGAAUCCAUCAACCGGCCAGAGACUCAAGACAAGACCUCACUGGGCAAAGGAAUGGUAUGACUAUACCGUCGAUGGCAAGCCUUGGAUCGAGCGGCUCAAGGCAGUGGACUACAAGGAUGAGAGGCAGGAGUUCCUUCAGACACUUGCGGAGAUCGGAAAAGAGGCGAACUGGUCUCUUCAUGAUCUUCAAGCUAGAUUCUCGAAUGAUGUGUUUGACCAGUUCUUCUUCGAUGUGGAGACGAAGAAGCCAGCUGGGAAGAUUGAAGUCAAGGUUGUGAAGGGGGCGGCCUGGGGAGGUGAGGUAAAGGGAACGAUUGAGAAGGUCACGGAAGUCUUGGCCGACGAUCUUGUUCACCUUGUUUAA